UAGAUAAGCUUUUCUUUUCUUCCGAUUAUUAAUAAACACAAAUAUCUCCACUGAUACGUUUUGCAUCCCUUAAACUAGAAUCUCUCACUCCCCAAAUGAAGCAUUUUUCAUGCUAUACUCACCAAGUCAACCAUAAACUAUGCUAACAUCCAUCCUUCCACCUUACUCAUCUGCCUAAGAACCUCCAGAACAUCAAAACCACUUUCAAAAAUUUCUCUAACAACAGCAAAAACGCACAAUUAACAUGUCAGUUCUAGCUCCAAGUUGUCAAACUUUCUGCAAAUUUGUAGACCAAAAAAAACAAUACCCACAAAAAGUGAGUAACGGGUGGUGCUUAGUUCUGCUAAAAACUUCUGGGUUUGGAUUAAAAGACAUCAAAAACAGCAGAGAUUGCAGAAAAUUGAAGAGGGGAGAUAUUAAGGCGCAUUCUUCGUGGCUAGAUUUCUCGAGACCCACCAGUGUUGAAAUGGAACAAAUCAAAGAUUGUGAUCAGCUUGAUCAGAUUUUACAGCAGGCUAAGGAGCAUUGUCAGCCCAUUGUCAUUGAUUGGAUGGCUAAUUGGUGCAGGAAAUGCAUAUACCUGAAGCCUAAAUUGGAAAAAAUGGCUGCUGAAUUUGAUACCAAGCUCAAAUUUUACUACGUGGAUGUGAACAAUGUGCCUCAAGCUCUUGUGAAGCGUGGAAAUAUUUCAAAAAUGCCCACAAUCCAGCUAUGGCUAGAUGGAGAAAUGAAAGACCAAGUAAUUGGUGGUCAUAAAGCUUGGUUAGUCAUGGAAGAAGUUAGAGACAUGAUUCAGAAGUUCAUAUAAAUCUACAUACAUCAACAUCAUACAUCCUAUCUUAACUACCACACUUUUUUUUCCCUUCACUUCAACCUCCUCAGUCCUCACUCCUCAGUCAAUCUUCCACAUUUUCGGUAUUUUGUAUAUAAGCUCAGUUGGAAGACUACAUUUUUUUCCUUGUAUAUCCAAAUCCAAAACUAAGCACCGAUAUUUUCCAGCUUUGCUAACUGUGUAAAAAUAUUUCAAUUAUGCCCUUACUAAGGUCUUAUUAGCAAAAACAAA